AGAUGGCUCGUUGGAGGUGGAGGCCGUCUUGUUACGGUCGUGCUCCUCCAACAGCUUGUACAACUUCUUAGCCUGGUCGGAGGAUGGGUAGUGGAUCUGGAGGGUACCUCUCUUCUGGACAAUGUCCUUAGCGGUGUAGAUACGCUUGGUCUUUCUCCAUCUUGGUUCCUUCCACCAUUGCUCCACGGCGGCAACCUCUCUGUCGAAGGCUUCUUGUUCAGCUUUAAUGUCGAUUGGCGUGUAUGGCAUGCUUGAAUGUAUUGGCAAGUGUUUACUCGAGUACUGAAGCUACAAAACAACAACCACGGCCAGGGUGUGGAAAGUGGGAAUGCUGCCAACUUUAUAUACAUUUCAUCCUGGACUCUCGCCCUGUGUGGAUACCCUACAAUGACACACAACCACUACACACGAUCAUUGUUCCCGGCAGGCCGAACGCUGCUCAAAGUUUGCUUGCACUUGUCCUUGCCAUUUUGGCUCGCACUCGCUGUUGCUUGUGGUUUGACGUAAUGCGAAAAACAAACUUUGCCGGAAGCAGCUCCACGAACUACGGGGCACAAAAAGAAAGAAAAACACUCACAGGAGGCAUUUGCCCAUUGCGCCGGUUCACCGGGCACAGGGAGCACGCCAACUCUGGUGGACGUUCGUACUGUGAUGGGUUUGAAAAUGGCACUGGUGUGGUUUACGCCGAGCACGUCCGUGCUACGGAGAGUGCUGUGGACUGUUGGUGUGUGGAUUGUCCGGAACAUUGGCGUUUGAAGGGAAGUUGAUGGAGUUCAUUUCGGAGCGUAUCGUAGUGCUACCACCCUGUGCCCCCCAGUCUUCUCGCCAUGCAUAAAGAGAGACGAUUGGCAUUUGGGCCAGGGAAGGGGGAUGUGAUUGGUUAUACAGGAAAAACAGGAGAGUCUGGGGGACGUGGCAGAG